AUGUCACUCUUGACCACAGCCACUUUCAUGGCCCUUGCCUGCUUGUGCUUCGCCCCUGCACCUGCAGUGGGUGCAGCGGCGACUCUCUCGGCGUGGCGUCCGCUGCGAGGCAACCACACGAUGGUCUCGGCACAGGGCAAGUUCGAGCUCGCUCUGUUCAGCCCUGCUGGCAGCUCCGGAGACAGGUUCUACCUCGGGAUCUGGUACAAGAAAAUCCCCGGCCAGACCAUCAUCUGGGUGGGCAACCGCGCGAGUCCGCUAUCUGCUGUCACCUCCGCCGAGUUCCGUGUCUCCGCUGACGACGGCAACCUCGAGCUCGUCGGCCCCGCCGCCGCCUCCACCUCGCCGGUCGUCGUGUGGUCUUCGAACCUGUCGUUUGCCUUGUCGCCGGGCUCAAACAACACGGCGGAGAUCCACGACAACGACAACCUGGUCCUUGUCGACGGCCGCAACUCCUCCAACGUGCUGUGGCAGAGCUUCGACCACCCGACGGACACGCUGGUGCCGGAAGCGUGGAUCGGGGAAAACAAGCUCACCGGCGAGUACCAGGCGCUCACAUCGUGGCGGAACGCCCAAGACCCCGCGCCGGGGAUCUUCAGUGAGACGCUGGACCCGAAAGGCGCUAGCGAGGUCUUCUACAUGUGGAACCGGUCCCGCGUGUACUGGCGGACCGGCCAAGCCUUCGCGAAGCUGCCGGAGGCGACCAAAAACACCAUCUACAAUGGGACGUACGUCGAGACGCCGGCAUACCGGCGCGUCAUCAACGUGCUCUACGACAAUGCAACCAUAACACGCAGCGUGCUCGAUCCCACCGGUCAGGCACAAAUGUACAUUUGGAUGCCCACGAGCCGGAGCUGGCAGCUCUUGUGGACCGGUCCCAUGUUGCAGUGCGACGUGUACGCGCUCUGCGGCGCAUUCGGCGUUUGCGACGAGGGAGGCAAGCUACCUUGCCACUGUCCGCCCGGAUUUGCCCCGGUGACGGAGGGGGACUGGACGCUCAACGAUUGGAGCGGUGGGUGCUGCCGGAGCUCACCGCUCAGGUGCGCGCACAACGGAUCAAGGACGGGCGGGUUCGUGAUGCUGCCAGACAUGAAACUUCCACAUGACUCGCUCACCGUGGGCGUUGCCCAGAGCAAAGUAGAGUGCGAAUCGGCUUGCUUAAAGAGCUGCUCUUGCCAGGCCUACGCCUUCUCUGCCGGGGAGUGCAUCGUCUGGUACGGAGAGCUCCGCAACCUUCAGCAGCUCUACUUGGAAUAUGACAGCCCCGGGUCUAACCUAUACCUUCGGCUUUCAGAAAGAGGAUUGCAAGAUCUCCAUAGCGUAGACAGGGAGAAAAUGGGAAGAAAGUUAUGGUUUGUCCUUGGCAUCAUAUUGGCUGGUGUUGUAGCAGUGGGGGCAUCGGUGUUACUAGGCUGGAGGAUUGUUCGUACCCGAAGGAGACUAGUCAGUAUGGCAAAUGAGAAUGUAUCCUCCUUGGCCGUGUACAGUUACGGCGACCUCCAUGCCGCCACGAAGGACUUCUCGGAGCGGCUGGGCCGCGGUAGCUUCGGCUCGGUGUACCGCGGUGUUCUGAACCGGCAUAAGGGAGACAACUCAAUCAGAGUCCAGGUGGCAGUGAAGAAGCUUGAAAGUCUUGGGCGGCAAGGCGACAAGCAAUUCCGGACGGAGGUGAGCACACUGGGCUGUAUCCAGCACGUGAACCUCGUACGGCUCCUCGGGUUCUGCUCGUCGGACGACGAUAAGAUGCUUGUCUACGAGUACGCCCAGAGGCUCCCUCGACGGCCUCCUCUUCCGUGA